GCAUUUAAGACUUGCAAACAUGGAGACUUCUUCAAUGCUUUCCUCGUUGAAUGAUGAGUGUAAGUCUGACAACUACAUUGAGCCUCACUACAAGGAAUGGUAUCGAGUUGCUGUUGACACCCUGAUCGAACAUGGAUUAGAGGCAUACCAAGACUUUCUUGUCAAAGAACGUGUUUCAGACUUUCUAGCUGAGGAAGAAAUUAAUUAUAUUCUGAAAAAUGUCCAGAAGGCUGCGCAGAGUACCACGCAUGGAGCUGAUAAUUCUGGUGAUGACAACUCAUCUUCCGGAACGUACUGGCCCGUCGAGUCUGAUGUGGAAGCUCCCAAUCUUGACCUGGGCUGGCCUUAUGUGAUGCCCGGACUCCUAGGGAGUACCCAGGUAGACCUCCUCUUCCAUCCACCGAGAGCACAACUGCUUACCAUAAAGGAAACCAUUCGGAAAAUGAUCAAGGAAGCAAGAAAGGUCAUUGCUUUAGUGAUGGACGUAUUUACAGAUGUGGACAUUUUCAAAGAAAUAGUAGAGGCAUCAACUCGAGGGAUAUCUGUGUACAUUUUGCUUGAUGAGUUCAAUUUUAAUCACUUUCUCAACAUGACUGAAAAACAGGGUUGUCAAAUUCAACGACUCAGGAACAUCCGAGUGCGGACAGUGAGCGGCCAAGAUUAUCUUUCAAAAACGGGAGCAAAAUUCCACGGAAAAAUGGAACAGAAAUUUUUGUUAGUUGACUGCCAGAAAGUCAUGUAUGGUUCUUACAGUUAUAUGUGGUCAUUUGAGAAAGCUCACCUCAGCAUGGUUCAGAUAAUCACAGGCCAACUUGUUGAGUGCUUCGAUGAAGAAUUUAGAACUCUCUACGCCAGGUCCUGUGUCCCCAGUCCGUUUGCUGAGGAAGAGUUGGCGAGGAAAAAGCAAGGCAAAGCACUCUGGGAGAAUGGCACAUACCAGCGCUCAGUCUCCUCCUUAGCUUCCGUUUCCAGCCAAAGAAACCUCUUUUGUAGACAAGACAAAAUUCAUAUCCUAGAUUCUAGUUACUUCACAGGCAGAGGGAUAUAUCCCCUCAAUGAGCAUGACAAAUACGGCAUAAGAAAUCAUGGAUACAAACCUCAGUUUCUUCUAAAUUUUAAUGGUCCAAAUACAGCGCGUCAGUUUCAACCCAAUCAGAAAAAUGAAAACUGGAAAAGGCAUAGUUACGCUGGGGAACAGCCAGAAACAGCACCGUAUCUGCUGCUUCACAGGGCUAUGAAUCGAACCAACAAUCCUCCUGGUAGUUGGAAAAGGCCUUCAGAUAGUCUCAGUGUGACCUCCUCAUCUCGAGGGGGCUACACAGGGCUCCUCAACGCUCCCGCCCAGAGCUUUGCUGACCGGCUUGCUCAGAGAAAAACAACGAAUCUCCCGGAAAGGAACUCAAAUGUGCGCAGGUCUUUUAAUGGGACAGACAAUCACAUUCGCUUUUUACAGCAACGAAUGCCAACCCUUGAGCACACCACAAAGUCAUUCCUGCGCAAUUGGAGGAUCGAGUCCUACUUAAACGAUAACUCGGAAGCUGCGCUGGAUUCGAAUGGUUCAGCCUUAGGGGACCGAUUUGAAGGCUAUGAGAGUCCUGAGAAUUUGAAAGCCAAUGCCCUUUAUACGCAUUCUCGCCUUCGUUCUUCUUUUGUAUUUAAACCAACUUUACCGGAGCAGCAAGAAGUCAACAGUUGUACAACUGACUCCUCAAAUUCAACUAUCAUUGGUUCCCAGGGAAGUGACACACCUAAAAAGAUCCCAGAUGCCCCUACGGAUGCACAGCAUGUGACACAAAAACCUCUGCCCGAAUCAGACCCCAGAAUCAUGUCACAGUCAGAGACACCAAAAACACACACUUUACAGGUUCCUGAACACCAGUCAGCAGCUUUAAACCCAAUAGCAAGGAGCUAUACAGAAGCAAACAGCUAUUCUCAUGCAGUCUUGGGUGUAAAUAAGCAGACAGAAAAGCUCAAGAAUCAACAUGAGAAUCUGCUUAAAAGACGAAGUUUUCCAUCCUUUGACCACUCAAAAUCCAAUUUAGAUCACGGAAACAGUAAGAAUUAUGUAUAUAGUACACUUACAAGGAAUCGAGUUAGACAACCAGAAAAACCCAAAGAGAAUUUGAUGAAAAGUUCUAAAAGUAUGCACAAUGUGACCCAAAACAUAGAGGAGGAAGAGGAGGAGGAGGAGGUUAUCCACAGGGUCCCUCCGGGUGGCAGUGCCACCAAGUCCAUUUCCAUGGCUGCCUUACUUGAUAUGAACAAAGAGGAAUCCAACAAGGAACUCACUUCAAAGAAAGACGCGAAGGGGUCUCCGAGUUUUUUGAAGAAGGGAUCUCAGAAGUUAAGGUCUUUACUUAGCCUCACCCCGGAAAAGAAAGAAAAUCUAUCCAAAAAUAAAUCUUCUGCAUUCUAUAGAAUUUGUAGUAGCUCUGACACGUUAGUUUCAGAGGGGGAAGAGAAUCAAAAACCAAAGAAGUCAGAACCCAAAGUUGAUUCUUCUCCUAGAAGAAAGCGUUCUUCUUCAUCAAACUCCCAAGGAAGUCUCCACAAGAGUAAGGAAGAUGUAACGACAGUGAGCCCAUCUCAGGGGGCCAAUUCUUCAUCAGAAGAAAGCAGUAAAAUAAUUCCUUCUCCCAGGCCAGCUGAAAGAAAGUUCCUGGAGAAGGGAGGAGACGCCUCCACCCCAAGAUUUAACACUGAGCAGAUUCAGUACCGAGAUUCAAAGGACACUCAUGGAGUUGUUGCUCCUGAGAGAAGACCAACCUCUCCUCCAAAGCCAAAGCCUAGUGAGCUGUUAAGAUCUCAUUCAACAAACCAGCGUGUUUACAGUCGUUUUGAGCCAUUUUGUAAGAUUGAGAGCUCUACUCAGCCAACAAGCAACAUUCCAAAUACCAACAUCAACCACCCAGAAAGAAAAUCUGCAUCUAUGAGCAACAGUUAUGGCAGGUGCAGCCCAAUGCUUAAUUAUAAUGCUGGAGUUUAUCAAGCAUAUCAACCCAAUGAAAACAAGUUUCGAGGAUUUAUGCAAAAGUUUGGGAACUUCAUACACAAAAACAAAUGAAAUGCUGUAAUCUCAAAUAGCUAUUAAAACAUAAAUUGAAUGUGGCUAGUAAUGUUUGCCCAAGGGAUGCUGCAGACAAUUUUUGUGCCAUGCAAAUAGAUUUCUUGGGUGCAGAAUUGUGGUUAUGCUGUAUAUGUUCUUCAGUGCAGAGUGUACAGUACAGGUAUUCUUUUGUGUGACAAAAUUAGUUACACUUAAUUACUUAU